AUGGCGGGCAGGCCCGUGGACCACGGCGUGCAGAUUCGCUUCAUCGGCUCCGAGGGCGGCGCACCGCCCGCACCGCGGGCUCGCAGCGGCUCCUACGGGGUGGCCGUCAGGGUGCAGGGCAUCGCCGGGCAGCCCUUCGUGGUCCUCAACAGUGGCCAAGGAGGGGGCGAGAGCUUCGGGGUGCAGAUCAGGGCGGGGAACCCCGAAAUGGGCACGGAUCCGUCAGAAAUGGCCACCGGUGGCAGAGGCAGGAGCCCCGAAAUGGGCACCAAUGUCAUGGGGGAAAUGGCCCCAAAUUUCAGAGCGAAACCCACCAAAACGGCCCCAAAUUUCACUUCUGAAAUGGCCUCAAAUACCCCAGAAAUGGCCCCAAAUUUCAGAGCCAGGAACCCCAAAAUGGCCCCAGAUUCCCCCGAAAUUGCCCCAAAUGUCCCGACCCGGAGCCACCAGGGGGAAACUGUGGGGGAAGAGGAAUUUUGGGAUGAGGAAAAUCCCGAAUUUUUACGUGAGGAAAAGUCAGGAGGGUCCAGGGGGAUCCCGAAAUCCUGGGAUGAGGAAACUCCGGGAAAAUCUCGAGGGAUCCCAAAAUUCCCGGAUCAAGACCUGAGAAGAUCCCAAGAGAUCCCAAAAUCUUGGGAUCAACGCCCGGAAGUCCCCAAAUCCUGGGAUCAGGAUGCAGGAAAAUCCCGAGGGAUCCUAAAAUUCUCAGAUCAAGAUUCGAGGAGAUCCCAAGAGAUCCCAAAAUUUUGGGAUCAAGGCCCGGAAUUCCCCGAAUCCUCGGACGAGCUCCGGCGAUCUCAAUCCCACGGCGACCUGAGGGGGAAAAAAGGGGAAAAAAUUCCCGGAAAAAUCCCGGGAAAAAUUCCAGGAAAAGUCGCGGGGGACGUGGACACGGAGCCGCUGGGCUCGGUGGAUUCCCUCAUUUCCAAAUUCGAUUCUGGGGAUUUUUCCGGGAAUUCCCGAGGCCGAGCGGCUCGGAGGCUCCGGGGCCCCGCGGCCGCACCCAGGAAACGCUCGCAGAGUUUGGAUUCCCGGGAAUCCCAAAGAAUCCCCCAAAUUCCACCCCAGGAAAUUCCCAAAAUUCCACCCCAAAUUCCCGCCGGAUUCAGGGGCGUGGAGGAGAAGAGCAUGGAGAUGCAGCUGAAAUCCACCCCGGACCUGCUGCGGGACCAGCGGGAAUUGGGGGGAGGAGAAAACCCCACAGAGCUCAUCUACAGCAUCCUCAGGGAGGGGAGCUCUGAGAGCGAGAUUUCCCUGAGGAGGAAAAGCUCGAGGCUGCUGCAGAAACUCCAGGAAUUGAAUUCCGUGGGGGCUCCGGACUCGUCCCAAUCCCAAAUCCUGGACAGGAAAUCCCAGGAGCUGCAGCGGAGCCAGGCCCAGCUGAGCGAGCUCCGAGCGGCCAAGGAGCAGCUGGAGAGGCGGCUGGGCCAGCUGGAGGAGCAGCUGCUGGCCACGAGCCACGGGCCCCCAGGGGACCCCAAAGGUGACCCUGACACGCAGGAGCUCUACCAGGAACUCCAGCAGUGCCGUUCCCAGCUGGACUCGGCGGUGGCGGCGCGGCGCCGCCUGGAGCGGGAGCUGGGCGCCCUGCGGGGGGCGCUGCAGGCCGAGGUGGCCGCGCACGACUCCGACCUGGAGCGGCUGCGGGGGGAGCUGGAGAGGAGCCGGGCAGAGACCGAGCAGAGAUCACAGGCGCGGCGGCUGCGGCGGGAGCUGGGCCAGAGCGCGGGGGAGGCGCAGCAGUGGCGGGAAAUGUUCCAGGAGAGCCGGCAGGAGCUGCGGCGCGCCCGGCACCUGCUGCUGCAGGCGCAGGAGGAGCAGAGCCCGGAGAGGGGAGAGAGCCCGAGGGAUUUGGAAAAUCUCCGGAGGGAGCAUGACGAGGCCUUGCAGGCCCGGAUUUCCCUGCAGUCGUCCCUCGAGGAGUCACAGCAGGCGCGGAAAGUUCUGGAAUCUUCCCUGGAGGAAUCCCAGGCCCUGAGGGAGAAAUGGGAACAGCUCCAGGACAGAGUGGCUGAGCUGGAGUCGGAGCGGGCGGCCCUGGCCGGUUCCGAGCAGGAGCUGCGGAAAUCUCGCGAUACUUUGGAGCGGCGCCUGAGGGAGGAGCGCGAGCAGCGGGAACGGCUCGGCCACGAGCUGGAGCAGAUGACGACGGAAUCCCAAAAUUCUGUGGCCUCACUCCAAUCCCAGCUGGAAAAAUUCCAGGAAAAAUCCCGGAGGGAACUGGAAAAUUCCCAAAAAAUCACCCAAGAACGAGAGGCAGAGGAGAAAAAAUUCCAAGAAAAAAUCGGGAAGCUGCAGGAUGAGGUUUCCAGGCUGAAGGAGACAAUGCAGGGAAUUCAGGAGGAGAGGGAUGGGAUCCUGCUGGACAAGGAGCUGCAGCUGCAGAAAUUCCAGGAGCUGCAGCAGGAGCUGGAAAAUCAAAAACGAGCCCAGGAGGAGAGAGCUCGACAUUCCAAGGCCCUGGAGGAGAAGUCGAAGCGCCUGGAGCUGGAGCUGGACGAGGAGCGGAACUCCCUGGAGCUGCUGGGGGACAGAGUGGCCCGGGGCAGGGAGCAGAUUGAGCAGCUGAGGGCCGAGCUGCUCCAGGAGCGCUCGACCCGCCAGGACCUGGAAUGUGACAAAUCCUCCCUGGAGAGACAGCUGAAGGAUCUGCGCUCGCAGCUGGAGCAGCUCCAGAGGAAUUCCGGCAGCGGCCGCAGUUCCCAGCUGGAGGCACAGCUGGAGGAGCUCCAGGAGCAGCUCCGGGCUGAGGAGAGGGAGAAGAGCUCCCUGCAGUCGUGCAGCCGGAAGCUGGAGCGGCGCCUGCAGGAGCUGCAGCUGCAGCUGGAGGAGGAGAGGCAGAGCAGCAACGGCCACAGGGAGCAGCUGAGCCUGCGGGUGAAGGCGCUGAAGCGGCAGCUGGACGAGGCCGAGGAGGAAAUCGAGCGCCUGGAAAACGCCCGGAAAAAAUUCCAGAGGGAAUUGGAGGAGCAGCAGGAGCUGAACGAGCAACUGCAGAGACGCCUGAAAAACAAGGAGAAGGAGGCCUGGCGCCGCGCCGUGGAGUCGGCGCCGAGCUCGGACGAGGAGCUCGGCUCGGCCGCCAUCGCCUCCCUGCUGAGCCAGGCCAGGCUGCAGGCCAGCUCCUGCUGAG